UUUUUUUUUUUUUUUUUAACUUAAAAUAAAAAUAGAGAAAAUGUUAAAGAAUAUUUGGGUACCUUUAGAAUCCAACCCAGAUUCGUUGUAUUUAUAUUCUACUAAACUUGGACAAUGUAAAUUAAAGUUUGAGGAUAUUUUGGGUUUUGAUAAAGACCUAUUAGAUAUGAUACCUAAACCAGCGCAUGCAAUACUACUAUUAUACCCAUUAAAUGAAAAUUUUAAUAAUGAAAACAAUUCAAGUGAAAAAAUAGUAAAUAAAGGUAUUAGUGACGCUUUUUUUAUAAAGCAAACUAUUCCAAACUGUUGUGGUACAAUUGCUUUGAUACAUUUGUUCGGAAAUUUGAGAGAUAAAUUUGAAAUUAGCAAGGGUUCUAUUUUAGCUAAUUUUUUUGAUAAAGUUGAGAAAAUGACUCCUGAAGAAAGAGGAAAGGAACUCGAAAAUAAUAAGAGCAUUGAAUUGUUACAUCAUGAAUGUUCUGGUGGCCAAGCAUCUGUAGGAGAUGAUAUAAAUGUUAACACACAUUAUAUUAUUUUAAUGGAACAUAAUGGAGAAAUUAUCGAAUUGGAUGGAAGGAAAAACGAACCAAUUAGUCAUGGUCAAAGGACUUCCAGUGAAUUCAUAUACGAUGUAGCAAAAAUAAUACAAAAUGUGUUUAUAGAAAAAUGUAAAGGAGAUAAUAGAAUUUCAGCUUUAGCAGUUGUACCAAUUGAUUCCAAUUAAAUAAUGUUUUAUUUUAUUUUAUUUUUUUUUUUGUUUAUAAUAAAAAAUAUAAUUUACUAUUAUGCACAUAAUAUAAGAAUUACAUAAAAGUAUAUUUAUUUUUAUUUUACACGAUAUUUAUUCCAUAUUAUGCCUUAAAGUAUAUUGGAAUGUGUAAACGUUUAUGUAAAUAUACACAUAUGUAAACACGUGUUUUAACAUAUUAAACAUAAUAUAACUAUCAUAAAAAUUUAUUACUUUUUAUUUAUUAUUUUAUUUUUUCGUUUUAAUUGCAAAUAUGUAUUCAUCAUUUAUUGAUUGGUAUUAUAAAUAUUAUCAACAUUUUUUAUAUGAAAACAGCAUCUAAUAACAGUAACAAAAUACAUAACCAAC